UCAUAUGUCCUUUGUAAAGUUGAAUUGGAGGCGUGUGCUGUCGCAGUGGGAGCGCACAGAGGAAGGGAGGGCAAUCUUGUCCGGACGCUAAUAAGACCCAAUGGCUGGUGCAAGGUGGCCAGGAGCGCUGAAACGCGACAGAAGACGGUGGACGAAAGAGAGAAAGAAGAAACAAAAAAAACAAGAGUCUCAACGGACGCAUUUCUGGAUGGACAAAGAGGAUGAGAGCGCCACAGGAGCGUCAAUAGGAAUUGCAGGGAGUCAGGGAGCCGUCGGGCUUUAGGCGUGCGUCACUUUGUGUGCCUCGUCAAGGGAACUGCGUGGAGAGGAAAGCGGUAAGUGAGCAGAAACCCAAAUAAAAAAAAAUAAAAAAAAAUUGAACAAACACCUGCGCCGAGACAGGUACCUCCGAAGGACGUGUGAAGAUGACUUUCGGUUCACAGGAGACUUAGAGGAAGCUGAUAGGCUACUUGCUGAAACCUUUGGACAGAAAAGCUGUUAUGUCUUCUUUUGAAUAACUGGUGCCAAACUUUAGAAACUUUAGAUUCAAGCCAAUCAGAUCAGGCACUGGGCUGUAGCUUUUCGUGAGGUCAAUCAUCAAAACAGUCAACUUUGAGUCAGAACAUCUGUCUCUGUACUUUUAAGCUCUUUUCUGAUCAUAAGACUGAAUACAGUUAGAAGAAGUAUCAAGAUAUCCCAACAUUCAGUAGGUUUUUGUGAUGAAAAUAACAGCACUAAUACUCCAUGACUUGGAAUGGACCGAGAUUUGAUCCUCAUUCACAUGCUAUCACACACCUGGAACUGGGCUAUCGCUGUAGGCACUGUGAGCCACUGACUCCUGGGAGCCCCAACCCUCCCCAAUGAAGCAGUCCUGGUGGGCCCGCCUGGCACAGCCCAGCCUGCUUGCUGCAUGGACCUGUAUAUGGCUGGUGCAGGGAUGCGGACCGGGCCCCGGGUACGGCAGCGUCCGCCCCAGGCACAGAAAACUCACAGCCAUGCACUACAAGCAGUUUUUCCCCAACUUCUCAGAGAACAACCUCGGGGCCAGCGGGAGAGCAGAGGGCAAGAUCACACGCAACUCUGAGCGCUUCAACGAACUUGUGUGCAACUACAACCCAGACAUUGUCUUCAAAGAUGAGGAGAACACCAACGCAGACCGCUUCAUGACCAAGCGAUGCAAGGACUGUUUGAACAAGCUGGCUAUCGCAGUGAUGAACCAGUGGCCAGGGGUACACUUGCGUGUGACAGAGGCCUGGGAUGAAGACGGUCACCACCCUCCUGGCUCUCUGCACUAUGAAGGCCGGGCCGUGGAUAUAACCACUGAUGACAGGGAAACAGAGAAGUAUGGUCUCCUGGCCCAGCUGGCUGUGGAGGCUGGCUUUGACUGGGUCCACUAUGAGUCCAAAUAUCAUAUCCACUGCUCCGUAAAAGCUGAUCACUCUGUUGCAGUGGAAAAAGGUGGCUGUUUCCCAGGCUGGGCCCGGGUGACUGUAGCUGGAGGGGGGCAGAAGAGCCUGUCAUCACUGGCUCCUGGGGACAGAGUCAUGGCCCUGUCUGGGACAGGCCAAGUCGUGUUUAGCCAAGUCAUCCUGUUUCUGCACCGGGACCAAGAAAGCUGGUCUACUUUUCUGUCUCUGGAGACAGAGGAUGGCCAUAGAUUGGCCCUCACUCCACAUCACUUGGUCUUUUUAGCCCCCUAUUGCAGACUCGACAGCAGUGAGCACCAGGCUCAGUUUGCUAGCAGAGCCAAAACAGGAGACUGUGUUCUCAUCCAUACAGCGGAGGGUCACGUACGUCCAUCUCGAAUCAUCUCAGUUUCAGUAGAGGAGAGCCUGGGAGUGUAUGCGCCCUUGACAGACGCUGGAACUUUGUUUGUUGAUGGCGUGCUUGCAUCCAGCUAUGCACUGGUGGAGAACCACAGACUCGCACACUGGGCGUUUGGACCUCUGCGACUCCUCUCCUCAUUCAACCUGCUACUGUGGGGGGAGACAACAAAAGAACAGCAGACCACUGGUGAAACAGCUCGCACUAAGACUCCAUUUCAUUGUAGCACUUUGGCCACAAAGGAUAAAGCAGGUGUAUAUGUGAAUAAUGGCGUUCUGAACAAACGAGACAAUCUGAGUGAACCUCUGAGGAUUGGAAUCAAAGAGAAGCACUCCUUGCAAAGACAGACAUCAGAUGUGCACUGGUAUGCUAGAUUACUGUACAGUUUUGGAUGCAUCUUUUUAGACUCCAACUCCUUUCAUCCUUAAAAGCCUAAAACUAUAGACUUAUAUUCAAAAUACAUGUACUGCAAUUUUGAUACAUUUACCCUAAUACUUCCUGUUCAUUUCUUCAAUAAAUUAAAAACAUUGGAAUGACUUGCUUGUUUUUUUUUUUUGUUUUUUUUAUUAUACUCUAUCAUAAUGAUAUGCUAAUACAUAUAUGCAGACACAGAUUGUCUGAGCAGGUUGAUGUAAAAAUGGUAAUACCAAAAUGACUGUAUUAUAGUCUAUUUGUACAUCAAGUUAUUUCUUUAAUUAUUUCAGUUUUAUAUGUAAAAAAAUAUAUAUAUGUAUUAUUCUAAUGGGAUGUAAUGCAUUUUCCCACAAUAGAAUCUUUAUUUUUGUACUUUCUGAAUCAUAAUAUAUAAAUGUUUCAUUUUAUUAUAAUUCCACUACAUGUACUGUAUGUC